AUGGAGGCCAUCAAGCUGCAAAGAAAAUACCCCCAGUUCUCGCAAGAGGAGAUGAUGGGCCUCAUCAACAAGUUUAGGACCAUCGACGUCGAGGACAAGGGCUCCAUCCCAAAGCAGGACGUCAUCAAGGCGAUCCAGGACCAGGGAGAGGCCUCCUACGACCAGGUCAGGGAGACGCUCAAGGAAGUCGACCUCGACGCUAGCGGAAGGGUCGAGCUCGACGACUAUGUCGACCUCCUGGCCAAGCUGCGCGCGGGCCGCAACGCCUCGGCCGGCGCAGUGACCAAGGGCAAGGUGUUUGUCAAGGGAAGCAACGCCUCGAUCCAGCACACGAUCAACGAAGACGAGCGGUCCGAGUUUACGCGCCACAUCAACUCGAACCUCGCCGGCGACCCGCAUAUUGGCAGCCGGCUGCCCAUCCCCACCGACACCUUCCAGCUGUUUGACGAGUGCCGCGACGGCCUGGUCCUGUGCAAGCUCAUCAACGACUCGGUGCCCGACACCAUCGACGAGCGCGUCCUCAACUUUGGCAAGGGCGGCAAGGGCCCCAACGCCUUCCAGAUGACCGAGAACAACAACAUUGUCAUCACCUCGGCCAAGGCCAUUGGCUGCAGCGUCGUCAACAUUGGCCCGCAGGACAUCAUCGACGGCAAGGAGCACCUCAUCCUCGGCCUCGUCUGGCAGGUCAUCCGCCGCGGACUGCUGAGCAAGAUCGACCUCAAGAACCACCCGGAGCUGUACCGCCUGCUCGACGAGGGCGAGACGCUCGAGGAGUUCCUCCGGCUGCCGCCGGACCAGAUCCUGCUGCGCUGGGUCAACUACCACCUCAAGGCGGCCAACUGGAACCGCCGCGUGGCCAACUUUAGCAAGGACGUCUCGGACGGCGAAAACUACACGGUGCUGCUGUCGCAGCUCAAGCCCGAGGCGUGCGACCGGAGGCCGCUGCAGGAGACGGACCUGAUGGCGAGGGCCGAGAUGGUGCUGCAGCGCGCCGACGCCAUCGGGUGCCGCAAGUACCUGACGCCCGGCGCGCUCGUGGCGGGCAACCCCAAGCUCAACCUCGCCUUUGUCGCGCACCUCUUCAACACGUGGCCCUGCCUCGAGCCGCUCGAGGAGGCGCCGCCCGUCGAGAUUGAGGACUUUGACGCCGAGGGCGAGCGCGAGGCGCGCGUCUUUACGCUGUGGCUCAACAGCCUCGACGUCGAGCCGGGCGUCUACAACCUGUUCGAGGACCUCAAGGACGGCAACGCCAUCCUCCAGGCGUUCGACAAGGUCAUCCCGGGCAGCGUCAGCUGGCGCCGCGUGUCCAAGCCCAAGGAGGGGCAGGAGCUGUCGCGGUUCAAGAUGGUCGAGAACACCAACUACGCCGUCGACCUGGCCAAGACGAGCGGGAUGCACAUUGUCGGCAUCCAGGGCGCCGACAUUGUCGACGGGACGCGGACGCUGACGCUGGGGCUGGUGUGGCAGCUGAUGCGGCUCAACAUUACCAAGACGCUGUCGAGCCUGGGCAAGGGCGGGCGCGCCGUCAGCGACGCCGACAUGGUGCGGUGGGCAAACGACCUGGUGCAGUCGACGGGCAAGACGAGCACGAUGCGCAGCUUCAAGGACCCGAGCCUCAAGAAUGCCGUCUUUUUCCUCGACCUGCUCGACGGGCUGCGCAAGGGCAUCGUCGACUACAGCCUCGUCACGGCCGGAAGGACCGAGGACGAGUGCAGGUCCAACGCCAAGCUCGCCAUCAGCAUCGCCAGGAAGCUGGGAGCGCUCAUCUUCCUCGUCCCCGAGGACAUUGUCGAGCUGAGGCAGAGGCUGAUCCUCACCUUUGUCGGGAGCCUCAUGUCGUUGCAGUCCUAG